AUGCGCUCCCCACCCAAGCGCCUGACACGAGCCAGGGCUAAGGACCCUGAGCCGGCGACUUCGAAACAAACAAAAAUCAUCACAGCUUCCGCAAAGGCAAAGGCAAAUGCAUCCGUUUCAUCGACUCUGACCGCGAACACGAAGAGCACGGCUGCUAAGAGGAAGGCGAGAUCCGAUGACGCGGAUGAAGAAGAGCGCCAGGCGACGCAGAUCAAGCGACCAAGAGGUCGACCCCCUAAGAAGCCUAUCUCUGAACAAACGCAAGGAGCACGAAAGCCAAUCUUAAAAACGGGGAGUGCAGAAGCCUCAAAGGAGGUACCACCAGCUCCAAAACCCGGGCGUGGCAGGCCGAGAAAGGUUGAAUCGAAACCUGAGGAUGGUCAAAGCAAGCCGGAGCCAGUUAAAAAGGCACGAGGCCGGCCGCCAACAGUAAUGAAGCCAGCCUCCUCGACGGCAACGACAGGAACCAACAAACCGCCAGUCAAGAAGGUAGUCAAGUUUCGAGAGCCAGAUAAGGAGAACGUGGAGCCCGCCGCCGUACCAAGGGAGCCUGUCACUACUACUGGCAUGCGCGGUCGUCCAGCGCGGCGAGGCGGCGCGGCUGCUGCUCGAAAUACGCGACCAGCUGCAAAGACCUCAAAGCCUCAAGCUGGAGACAAGAAGCCUCUAAGCCCCAAGAAGAUUACGCAGCUGAUGCUUUUACCAGACGACUCUGAGGACGAACUGGCAUUGGAGAAAGUGUCUACUAAGUCGUUAGCAAAGAGCCCAAUCAAGCCUCCAUCCAAAAAAUCGGACCCUCUUCCCGCCGAGUUCGAGAACGUCGAUACGACUGUUGCUGUCAAUGCUGUCAUGUUCGAUUUGCCAGAGAUUAAUUCCACGAUUCUUGCAUCACCAGCCAGGAGGCAUACUUCGCCGCCGCGAGAUACAAUCAAGUCUCCGGCCAAGAGAAUGGCGAUGUCCUUGCCUGGAUCUACGUUGAAGUUGAGCAAUGACUCGAGUUCUCAGACGCCUUUCAAGCCAUCGACGCUUCUGCAGUCAGCUGCCAAGCGACCACAAUCUCCCACCAAACCCUUCAUCUUCUCGGCCCAGAAAGAGCAACCAGGUCAAUCGGCAGCCAAGCCUUCCAUGCUUCAGUCGCCAGCGAAGCGAGCGAUGCCGGGCCUCAGAUCUCGAGUAGACGCCCAGCCGGAACUCCCAACACUGGAUGAGUCUCCUCUUAAAACCCCAAGUCGUCCACCCAAAUCUUCAAGGUUCGUGGUGGAAGAGGAGUUGUAUGAGGACGAUGACGCGUCUAGCCCUUUUACAGGCCCCAUUGAGAUUCCUCAGUUUUCCUUGCGCCAGUCCCCCGAAUUGCCUUCCGAGCUUGACUUUGCUCUUACAGAGGAGGGAGCUGAAGUGGAAGCUGAGGUGGAAGCUGAGUUGGUAGCAGAACUGGAAGCCGAAUUGGAUGCAGAGACAGGUGAAGCGACAGAGGAGGAGGUGGAAGUGGAGGAAGAACCAGAAGCGGAAGCGGAAGAUAAUGACGAGGAAGAGCCACAGCCAGCCACGGAAACGGCGGAAACGGCGGAAACCCUGUCAGCUGACGAAGAAGAAGAUGAUGCAGUCGAAGAUAGCAUCAUUGUCGCAACGGGAGAAGAUCAGGCCGAGGACGAAGAGGCACCGGCCGAGGACGAUGAUGCUGAGUCAGAAGACACCAUGGUUCUCGAUGACCUUGAAGAAGAGGUAGAGGAGCCCGUCGAGCCUUCGCCAAAAGCAGAGCCCCAGACAGCAAAUCACUUCUAUCAGCUUCGGCAGAAAGAUUUGGAUCCCUGUAAUGAUUUGAGUUCGGCCUCUGAGUCCGAGGACGAUACACUGCCCUUUGAACGGAUCACGGCCGCUCCAUCGGUCAGCGGAGAGAGGACGCCGAGGACCCGGGCCAGCCGCAGCUCGCUGAGGCAAUCUCGUAGGUCUAAUUUGGGAUUUACACCUCUAUCCAACCAGCUCGGCUCUUGGUCGGCUGCAAGCCCUGUCAAGAACGCUCACUCGUCUGCGGAAGAAUUACAGCCAGAACACGAUGAGGAUGAGAGCCUUGAGCGCGAAAUCGAAUCAUCAAACCAAGACAGCCCUAUGAAGAACUCGUUUCCUAGCGGCGAGAUGGCGUCGAUGCAACCCGAAGUCGCCACGCUGCCAGAGAUGGAAACCGCUGUGGAAAGUAUUGAGCAGAUCUCGGAGGAGAUCACAGAGGAGGAUAUGGCUCUGGCCCAAGAAACAAAUGAAAUGUCUCUGACAGACUCCAAGGAAGGCGAUGACGUCUCCAAUUCUCGCCACUCUUUCGAUGACAGCUUGUCGGACGCCAGCCAGGAAUAUAGAGAUGAAAACCAAGUGCCUGUCGAGAGUCCCACGCUUAGUUCGCAGCCUCAGGCAGCGCCACCGGUAACUCCCGUCUCUCGUCCAAGGACGCGGUCAUUCAACACAACCACCAAGAUUCCGCUUAAGCCAGCCGACAAUUCAACGCCAAGUCCGUUGAAAAAGAAGAGCUUCAGCGCCUCGCGAGCCGCUCCAAAGCGCCCAUCCCAGCCCAAACGGGGUGCCCCUGUUUUAUCUUAUGCGGAAAAGCCGCGGAGGAGAAGCUCGCGAAAUUUCAGCACCAUUGCCGAGGAGCCUGAACAGAGCGCCAACGUCGAAGAACCCUCGACGCCGACAGCAAAGAUGGACAUGUGGGCCAGCAUUGGAACGCCUGGACGGACUCCGCGCAAGGACCUCAACCCCAACCUGCUUCGUGGGGCCAUUGUGUUUGUAGACGUGCACACAAUCGAGGGCGCGGACGCCAGCGGCAUCUUUGUGGAGUUGCUCACGCAGAUGGGUGCCCGGUGUCCCCAAAAGUGGAACUGGAAUCCCAGCAACUCAAGCAACGGCGAGUCGACCAGGGUGGGCAUCACUCACGUCGUCUUCAAGGACGGCAGCAAGCGGACCCUGGAGAAGGUCAGAGAGGCAAAGGGGGUGGUCCAGUGCGUGGGCGUAAGCUGGGUUCUGGACUGCGAACGUGACAACCAGUGGCUCGACGAAUCGCCGUACAACAUCGAUACCAGCAGCGUUCCUCGCGGUGGUGCCCGUCGCCGGAAGAGCAUGGAGCCAAAAUCCAUUUCCAAUCAGAAUGGCAGCGCGGUUGACGGCUCGUCUAAGGGGAGACGUGAGUCGGCACCAGCAGCGUCACCCAAGACACCCAACCGUAGGCAGAGCAGCAUCUGGAUUCACACACCGUCGGAUGGGGAUGAGGAGGAGCAGAAGGAGGAGGAGGACAUUGAGUGGUCCAAUCUCAUUCUAACCCCCGUGCCCAAGACGCCGGCUCCGGAGACAAUUAUGAAUUAUGCUAUGGAGACGCCGUCCAAUCUUGACGACGAGGAGGACAAUGACGACGAGAAUGCUGCGUCAUUGAGGAGAGAAGAGCUGUUGACGCGGACAUGCCCUCCCAGGGCGCAAAAAUUUGUCGAGCUCGGGGGAGGCAUCCUGUCCAAGACACAGGAUGACCAUGUGCUUCAGCGGUUAAUGGCUGCUCGGCGAAAGAGCCUGCAGUUUGCUCCCAAGGUGGGCAGCCCCUUGGCCAAAAUGUGGCAAUAA